AUGUCUGUAAAUGGCUGCAUAGCAAGCGCGCGUGAGCAUGCUGUAUGCACAUCGGCAGCAGAGGUUAUACCGAAUGCUCCAAAGUCGCUCACCUUCAAAAUUGAACCUCAGGACGUGGUCGUGCCGGAAGGACUUUCGGUGCUGCUUCAAUGCGGUGGCGUGGCGCAAAACGGCAAGUCCGUCAAAAUACAACCGAUUAUACGUUGGCGGGGGCCCGAUGGGCAGGACUUGGGCAUCGUCGGAGACACAUUCCGCAAUCAGCUGAGUAACGGUUCAUUGUAUAUAAGCUCUGUGGAGGAGAAUCGCGGUUUGACCGGCUCCUAUCAGUGUCUGCUCAGCGCUGAAGGCAUUGGUACAAUUGUUAGUCGUGCGGCAGUCGUGUCCAUAGCACGUUUGCCCGAUCUAAAUCAAGACUUUAUCGAAACAUAUUUACUACCUGGCCAAACGGCGUAUUUUCGAUGCAUGGUGGGCCAAGUUCAGCCGGGUAUUAAGCACAUAGUACAAUGGCUUAAGGAUGACAUGCCGCUUGUGCUGGACAAAUUGCGCAUGGUGGUGCUGCCGAAUGGCGCCCUAGAAGUAGAUGAGGUCGGCAUUGGUGAUCGCGGCGCUUACCAGUGUAAUGUAACCUCCGGUAGCAUAUCUCGUUUAAGCAGCAAAACCAGCUUGAAUAUCAAAAAGGCCACUGAUCCAGGCAGUGAAAGUUUGGUUGCGCCCUCUUUUCUUGUGGGACCUUCGCCGAAAACCGUGAAAGAGGGUGACAGUGUCACUUUGGAUUGCGUGGCGAAUGGUGUUCCCAAACCGCAAAUUAAGUGGUUGCGCGAUGGCGCGGAACUCGAUCUUAGCGAUCUGGACUCGCCGUUCUCCAUCAUCGGCACGGGCUCACUACAAAUUUCUUCUGCCGAAGACAUCGACUCCGGGAACUAUCAGUGUCGUGCCAGUAAUACAGUGGACUCACUUGACGCGCAAGCCACCGUGCAAGUUUUGGUGCCGCCCAAGUUCAUCAAGAGCCCAAAAGACAAGACAGCUCACGAAAAAGAGGAGUUAGAGCUGGAGUGCGCGAUACGCGGUAAACCUAAGCCGCUGAUUCAGUGGUUGAAGAACGGUGAUGUGAUCACGCCCAACACGUACAUGCAACUAGUAGGUGGCCACAAUCUACGCAUUUUCGGCCUGCUGCAAUCCGAUGCCGGCAUGUUCCAAUGUGUUGGCACCAAUCCGGCUGGCAGUGUUCAAGCGGCGGCACGCUUGCGCGUCGCUCAAACGGGCAAAUCCAAAAAAUACCACACUUCCGCUUCCCAAACACCCAAAUCUCCAUUACUGCCGUCAGCUUCACCUAUGCGCCGACGCAAGGGGGGUGGUUCUAAGGCGAUUAAUCCUUUUGACACUUUCGGCGAUGCCAUUGACAAUUCAAUGGGAUCGACACGUAGUCUCUCCAAAAGCGCGCUGGAUAGUUUACUCUCACAGAGAGGCAGAAAACUGCCACGACCUGAGAGACCGCAAAAUGAUAAUGGCUAUGGUGAAUUUGCCUCACUGAAAGACCUCGAACAGUUGGACAUGGAAGAUACGGACAGUUCAGUGGAGCUGCCCACAAGUACACACGAGUUCAACGUAGGCGUUAACGGUGAUGACGGCAACAACGAUGACGAAGACAAUGAGGACGAAGACGAAUAUGACGAUUUAAAUGACAAUCAAGAAUUCAUUGAUGCCUACAAUCACGGUGACGAUCCCAAUAAAGUACUGAACUCUUGGAAGAAUAAAAAUAAGAAACAAUUAUCCUCAGCCACAUCCAAUUCACAAGCGGCGUCAUCAAGUUCCUCCUACUUAUCCUCAGAUUUAGAUGGACUCGAAGGCAGCAUUGGCAUAACUGGCGUUGGCAGUGUAGACGGCGGUGUAGACAUUCCACAAUCCGGUGGCGGAGUUACGCAUAUCCACGGUGCUGUCUUGAGCCGUUUACCGGGACCGCCGCACGACGUGGUUGCGCAAAUAGUGAAACCACGUUUCGUAACACUCAGUUGGAUGGAGCCGAAGAAGAACCCGGUCGAAGUUGUGUCUUAUACAGUAUUUUAUAAAAUGAGCAACAGCGAACGCGAACAGAAAAUUGUAACCAAAUCGCACGAUGACCAACAGGUGAAUAUCCAAAAUUUGCUGCCUGGAAAAACCUAUCAGUUCCGUGUGGUGGCAAAUACAAAUUUUGGUCCCGGCGAUUCUUCAGAGGUAUUGGAGGUGCGCACUCAACCGGAGGAGAAUAUUGCUGGUCCACCACGCAACGUCGAAGGACUGGCGACUAGCGAAAGAGAGAUUUUUGUAAAAUGGGAUUCUCCGAUCGUAACCAAUGGAGAGAUUAUGAAAUACCGGAUUUACUAUUCUGAGAAUGACAGUGGUGCUGAGAUGUAUCAAGAUAGCACCUCGCUGAGUGCUGUAAUCUCGGAGCUUCGUCCAUAUACCGAUUACACUAUUAGCGUAGUGCCUUUCAAUAAGAAUGGCAUGGGCGACCCGUCGAAUGAAAUAAAAGUCAAGACUUACUCCUCCACACCAACUGAGCCCCCCAAUAAUGUGACACUUGAAGUAACGAGUUCGACGUCCGUCACCGUGCACUGGGAGCCUCCAGCCGAGGAAGAGCGAAAUGGACAAAUCACCGGCUAUAAGAUUCGCUAUCGUAAACUUAAAGACACACCACAAGUGAAGAGCACACCAGCGAAUAUACGUUACUUCGAAUUGAAGGGACUUGAGCGACACUCAGAGUAUCAAAUAAAAAUUGCCGCUAUGACAGUGAAUGGCUCGGGCCCGUUCACAGAAUGGAAUCGCGUUAUGACUUUAGAAAAUGAUCUGGAUGAGACACAGGUGCCUGGUAAACCAGUUUGGAUCAACAUAGUUCCCGGUGGUGAUAACAUCGCUUUGCAUUGGGGACCACCGCAACAGCAUGAAAUCAAGAUUCGAAGUUAUGUUUUGGGCUGGGGUCGUGGAAUACCCGAUGAAAACAUCAUUGAGCUAAAAGAAUCCGAACGCUAUUAUGUAUUGAAAAAGUUGGAGUCAAAUACGGAAUAUGUGGUUUCGCUGCGUGCACGCAACAGUAAAGGUGACGGUCAACCAAUUUAUGACAACAUUAAAACACGUGACGAGGAACCGGUCGAUAUGCCGAUGCCGCUUGAAGUGCCUGUCGGCCUGCGAGCCAUCACCAUGUCCAGCUCAUCCAUUGUCGUCUACUGGAUAGAUACAAUGCUGAGUAAAAAUCAACAUGUCAUCGAUAAUCGUCACUACACCGUCCGUUUUGGCAUUUCCGGCUCUAGUCGUUUUCGAUAUCACAACACCACCGACCUCAAUUGCAUGAUUAAUGAUCUGCGUCCGAAUACACAGUAUGAGUUCGCUGUUAAAGUGGUGAAGGGGCGUCGUGAGUCGGCUUGGUCCAUGUCAGUGUUGAAUAGUACCUAUCAAAAUGUAGCAAUUACACCACCACGUGAGCUCACAGUACGACCUGAUGAACAGAAUCCACAAACUGUCAUUUUACAAUGGCUGCCACCGAAACACAGCCUUGGUCAAAUAACCGGUUACAACAUUUAUUACACAACCGAUACAACGAAACGAGAUCGCGACUGGUCCAUCGAGGCAUUCGCUGGUGACGAGACUAUGAUGAUGUUGCCUAAUUUGAAACCGUACACAACAUAUUACUUCAAAGUGCAAGCGCGCGUGGGGAAAGGCGCCAGUAAUGCGCCUUUUUCAGCGCUUGUGGCUUACACGACUCCGGCGGCAGUUGUGAUGCAGGAACCAAAACCGAUUGCCAAGGGCAUCAGUAAUGAGAUUAUCAUAUACUCUGUAGCAGGUGCGAUUGCAUUUAUUGUAUUGAUUUUUGUGGUCAUCAUGGUGGUACUGUGUCGACGAAAGCCCCAAUCCACUCCUGAUCACAACAAGAAGAGGUACGAAGACUAUCAAAAUGUUGGAGUUCCGAAGCCGCCAGAUCUAUGGAUACAUCACGAUCAAAUGGAGUUAAAGAACAUUGAUAAGACUAUUCACAGCACAACUCCUGUUUGUAGCGAUGGUGCUUCGAGUAGCGGUGCCUUAACAUUGCCACGUUCUGUGGUGCAUGAAUACGAUGUCGAUACGCCAGUGCCGGUUACCAAUUCGCUCGACAAACGAUCCUAUGUACCCGGUUAUAUGACAACUUCAAUGAAUUCUACGAUGGAACGGCCACAAUAUCCGCGCACGCAGUAUAACAUUUCCGCCAAUCGUUCGCAUAUGACUGUCGACACGGGGCACUCGCAACAAAGUCUGACGCAGCAGACGGGCUCCUUGGCACAAACGCCCGAACAUCCUUACGGCUAUGAGGGUAAUUUCUGCAAUCCUGGUUACCCGAACGGUGUCGGCGGUGCUGGUCCAGGUGGUGGCCCCACCAACAACGGUGGUGUUUCCACUAUCGAGAGUGCAAAACGUGGUCAUCCAUUGAAGAGUUUUAGUGUACCAGGUCCACCCCCAACGGGCGCUGCGACACCCAUCAAUAAACACACACCUGCCGUAACAAUACGUCCACAAAAUCAAUCGCCCUACAAGAAGCCCUCCUUCUCAGCUGCUACGCCCACGAACCGGUUGCAAAGCGGCUCGUCUGUGGCACACUCCAACGAUGAAAUACAACGAUUAGCGCCCAGCACCUCAACCGAAGAGCUGAACCAAGAGAUGGCCAAUCUAGAGGGACUCAUGAAGGACUUGAGUGCAAUAACGGCGAAUGAAUUCGAAGUUUAACAGUAAAUAGAAAUAAAUACAGCGCCAUACGAAAGUGUCUACGGCCGAAACGUGCUUCAGAUAAGAAAAUUAACAAAUGCGCAACCAACAUAAUCGGUAAAAGUAUUGAACGAUGAAGGAAAGGUUUUCAAAACAAACAAACAAAAAAAAAAA